GUUAAAAUAAGACAUCUAGACGGUUCAAAGUCAACAUUUGCAUUCAAAAGAGCACAUAAAGUAAAUAGAUUAUCGGUAUAUAUAUGCACACAUUCUUCGGUCACAAAUCAAAAGAAUAUUUGGAACCGCGAAUAAAAUUCGAGCUAAGAUCGAUCGGAGAUUCAGAGAAGAGAAAUACAGUAUAAUGGAAGGAUUAAUCCCAUAUCUGCUUCACGCAGUCAAGAAGCAAAAGCCUCGCCAUCAUCACCACACCCUCGGCCGGUGCCUCUCCGACAACUCCAACCGGAGCUACCACCUGCUGAUCGGGCCAGAACCCGGCGAGGGCUCUACCCAUCGGAGAACAGUCUCCGACUUCCACUCUCCUGCUAUACUUGAACUUUUUCCUGAUCAGAGCGCCGUCAGCAACAGAUCCUCUGCUCAGUCUGCUGCCGGCGGCGGGUCAGUGAUGUCCCCGGCUGCCGAUCCAUCAAAAUUACCAAAUAGCCACAGACCCAAUUCCAAUAUUUUAUCUGCUUCUUCCACAAGCGGCUAUCAAGCUUCGUAUUCAACGGCCACCGCGGUCAAUCACCGACGAUGAAUUCAAACUCCGGCUUGAUCGCCGGCAUAUGUAAAUUUUGUAUUCCGUGCUCUGUAUUUCAUCACCCACUUUCCAAACCGUGUGAUAUUUGUAUUAAUUUGACUUUAUUAUGGAUGUAUAUUUUCAUUGUACUUUUUGGAUGUAUUUGAGUCACUACUCAAUCUCAUUUUUUAAUGUGUUAGAUUUAUUUGUUUGCUACCUUUAUAAAAUUGAAAUGUGAUUUUCGUAACGCUAAUGCCCUCAUGACACAGAAAAUAACUCAAGGUCGUGUACU